GUUACAUGGUGGGGAAGAAAAUAAAGAACGGACCCGUGCGGUUAGCAUGUCCAGUGUAGUAAAGGCGGUUAGUUUUGAAUGCUCGUGUGUUUCUCAUCUUAAACUACAAACCGGUAGUUCCGCUGGAACCCCUUCACGUGUUUAGAAACUACAGAAAGAAACGUUUAAACCGGAACUCCGUGAGAAAGGUGACAGCCCGCGCACCGCCGCACAGCCUGCUGGGUAAUAUGUUAACGACAGAGCUACGUUGAUUGGAGCUCCGCGGCGCGUGGAGGCAGAAAGUUAAAAAAGACCCCAAAAAGCAGACCGGAGGACAAGUUUAGAUGAAGACUCGGCGGUGAAGGAGAAGCUACGGAAGCUGCUGAAGACAUGUCUGUCUCUCUGUCAGCAGAGAGAGACAGGAUCCAGCGACAAGUGGAGGAGCUGGAACGGAGUCUUUCUGCAACAAAUGCUGAACUGGAGCUGCUGAGCAGUGAGACAGAUGAUAAAUCAGAUGAUGAUGCCACGGAUGAGGAGGAGGAAAGACAGUCUGCAGCAGGUCUGCUGGCUCAGAGAGAGAAGAUCCAGAAAGAGAUCCAGAACCUGGAGAACGUCCUGGGACCCAUCUAUGUGUCAGAUGACGACGACAGCAGCAGUGAGGAGAGUGAGCUGGGUCUGCCUCCGUCGGUGGACUCGUGUCUACAGAUGAAUCUGGUCUAUCAGCAGGUCGUUAAAGAGACUCUGGACCAGCUGGAGGCUCUGCUGACUCAGAACAACAAGCACCAGAAGGAACUGCUGUCUCAGCUGUCUGGACCAAUGAAAGGUUACGCCAGGGAACAGUCCGCCCCCUCCUCCUGCCAGCAGCCAAUCAGCAUGUUCUUAGGCCGCUUCCUCAAACCCUACUUCAAGGACAAACUGACGGGACUGGGUCCUCCGGCCAAUCGGGAGGCGAAGGAGAAGGCCCAGGAUGACCGCAGUCUGGACGACAGGAAACUGAGAGUCAAACGCUGGGAGAGCUGGCAGAAGACUCUGUUGAUCCACUCAGUAACCGGUGACAGUCUGAGGAAACUCAUCCAACCCAAACUCUCCAAGUUGGACUACCUGAGUCAGAAGCUGUCGUCUGCUGCAGAGACAGACAGGCAGCAGCUCCGAGAGCAGAUAGACAGGCUGGAGAGAGACAUCGACCUGCUCAGAGAGAAGACGGAGGCGGAGCUGAUCGGGGAUCAAUAUGAUGCACACGAUUGGCAGAAAAUCUCUAAUGUCGAUUUUGAAGGAACGAGGGAUGCGGAGGACAUCCGGCGGUUCUGGCAGAACUUCCUCCACCCGGCAGUGAACAAGUCUGGCUGGAGUCAGGAGGAGCUGCAGCAGCUCAGGGAGCUCAGCAGGACCCACGGAGAGAGACACUGGGACCACAUCGCUGCACAGCUGGGGACGGGAAGGACAGCCUUCAUGUGUCUGCAGACCUUCCAGCGGUUCGUGUCUGACUCGUUGAAGCGAGGCAGCUGGACUCCGGCCGAAGACGAGACGCUCAGAGAACUCGUGGACCAGAUGAGGAUCGGAAACUUCAUCCCCUACACGCAGAUAAGUUACUUCAUGGAGGGUCGGGAUCCGUCUCAGCUGAUCUACAGGUGGAACCAGGUUUUGGAUCCGAGCCUUAAGAAAGGAUUCUGGACCAAAGAGGAGGAUGAGCUGCUGCUGAAGGCCGUGUCUCGUUACGGAGAGAAGGACUGGUGGAAGAUCCGCUUCGAGGUUCCUGGACGCACUGACAGCGGCUGCAGAGACAGGUAUUAUGACUGUUUAAAGGCGGGGACAAAGAAAGGUCCGUUUGACCAACAGGAGAAAGACCUGCUGAGACAGCUGGUGGAGAAACAUGGAGUCGGUCGCUGGGCGAAGAUCGCUGCAGAGAUUCCUGAGCGUUACGACGCUCAGUGUCUGAGAGAGUGGAGGAAACUGAGCAAGCCUCCACCACCUCCACCUGCUCAGAAAGAUAAAAGAGCUCCAAAGAGCCGCAGAGUGAAGAGGCCGAGGAGGAAGGCUGGGCCGGCCAGGAGGAGAAUCCGGAGACGCCUGAUCAAACUGAAGGAGGAGGAGCUCAGUGUGGAGGAGAGCAGCGAGGACGAGACCUUGGUGAUCGAGUACAUGGACAGUGAUGAAGAGGAGAAGAAGAAGAAAAAGGAGGAGGAAGUGCAGAUCAGCGAGGAGGAGGAGGAGGAGGAGGAAGAGUACAUCUUCCCGCCCAUGGAGGAGUGGAUCCCAGCGGAAGAAGCUCAAACUAACAGCUCCCUGAGCUUUCGACCGGCCGAGUUACCUUCCUCCGCCGCCGCCGCCGACAACCCCGUACGCGUGCGCUCGACCAUCGUGGGCCAAUACGGUCGCUCGGUAAUCGUCGGGCCGCGCCCCAGACAGCUGCAGUGGGAGGGUCACCACGGCAACAGCGCCACGACGAUGACGAUGAUGAUGGUGACUCGGAGCCAGCUGCAAACGCACCUGCAGCGCCAGGCGCAAGAGUCCUCCGACGGCAGCCGAGGGAAGCUCCAGAUCGACAAGAACAACCCGCUGGGUCGAGUGAUGGACAGACGCCUGGGCUGCAGGCUGCAGGCCGCCGUCACGCCGUGGAUCGGUUACCUGCUGAUCCACGCCGAGGGGGAGAAGAAGAGGAGACGCAAGGCGACGGCGGCCGACGCCCUGAGGCAGCGAGCGGAGAGGAGGGAGGACCGCCUCUCCACCCCCUUCUUCCUGCUCCUGCUGCAGAGCCAGAACGUGGACGCCUUGGGCUGCAAGGAGAUGAUCGAGCAGCGCAGGAAGAAGGGGCGGCCGCCCAGGGGCGGCCACGGCGGGGCGAAGACCGUUGCAGAAAUACUGUAUCAGGAAACCAUGAAGGAGGAGCAGCAGGAGCUGGACCUGCAGCACCAGCUGAUCCUGAGUCAGCUGCAGGCCCUGCAGCAGCAGCAGCAGCAGCAGCAGCAGAGAGCUAAACAGAACCAGCUGCUGCUACAGCAGCGUGCACGACAGCAGAGACCUGCGCUCCCCUCUCAGAACCCCCCCGGCUUUCUUCUUCAGGUGCCUCCGCAGAUGAAUCCUAGGAUGUUGUUUCGUCAACCUGUCUUCAUUCCUGUCACGCGACCUAGCGCUCCCCCCAUGCAGUUCAUGUCUCCCUCGGCCCUGAACAGACUCGUCACAUCUCCGUAUCCUGCCCGUCCUGCGUCUCACCCACUGGGUGUCCCUUCUUCUGUCACUGUGGUCCCAAUGCGCCUGAAUGCCACAUCCACUUCCCCUGUCUCCUUCCGCCAACAAGCUGUAGCUUUGACUCCAAACCCUGUCCCUGCUUUGGCCCCUUACCUUGCCCAGCAGCAUGUUUCUGUUGCUUCUACGCUGCCCGGUCAGCACGUUGCUCCCUCCGAAUCCACUGCCUCCGUCGCCUGCCCCAGUCCGUCUAGCUCCAUCUCUAGUUCAUCCAAACGGGGGAGGAAAAAGGUGGCAGAGGGUGAAGUGGCUGGUAGCAGCAGUCAGAGUGGGGAGGAUAUGAGCGGGGCAAGCGACGGUGUGGACGGGGCAAAGGACAGUGAGAUUAAAGAUGGAAGGAGGAUUCGGAAGCCGAGCCAGAAGGCCAAAGCUCUGCAAGAAGCCAUCGUAGCCAGGACUGAAGCCAUCAAGAAAGCUGCUUCAUCUCCGCGAAAGAAAGCUCCGCUCCCGAACACAAAUUCUCCUCCGACAGACAUUCCUGUUCCCUCCCAAACAGUCCAAACAGUCCUUCCUGUUCCCUCCCAAACAGUCCAAACAGUCCUUCCUGUUCCCUCCCAAACAGUCCUCCCUGUUCCCUCCCAAACAGUCCUCCCUGUUCCCUCCCAAACAGUCCUCCCUGUUCCCUCCCAAACAGUCCUCCCUGUUCCCUCCCAAACAGUCCUUCCUGUUCCCUCCCAAACAGUCCUUCCUGUUCCCUCCCAAACAGUCCUCCCUGUUCCCUCCCAAACAGUCCUUCCUGUUCCCUCCCAAACAGUCCUUCCUGUUCCCUCCCAAACAGUCCUCCCUGUUCCCUCCCAAACAGUCCUCCCUGUUCCCUCCCAAACAGUCCUCCCUGUUCCCUCCCAAACAGUCCUCCCUGUUCCCUCCCAAACAGUCCUUCCUGUUCCCUCCCAAACAGUCCUUCCUGUUCCCUCCCAAACAGUCCUCCCUGUUCCCUCCCAAACAGUCCAAACAGUCCUUCCUGUUCCCUCCCAAACAGUCCUUCCUGUUCCCUCCCAAACAGUUCUCCCUGUUCCCUCCCAAACAGUCCUUCCUGUUCCCUCCCAAACAGUCCAAACAGUCCUCCCUGUUCCCUCCCAAACAGUCCUCCCUGUUCCCUCCCAAACAGUCCUUCCUGUUCCCUCCCAAACAGUCCUUCCUGUUCCCUCCCAAACAGUCCUCCCUGUUCCCUCCCAAACAGUCCUUCCUGUUCCCUCCCAAACAGUCCUUCCUGUUGCCUCCCAAACAGUCCUUCCUGUUCCCUCCCAAACAGUCCUCCCUGUUCCCUCCCAAACAGUCCUUCCUGUUCCCUCCCAAACAGUCCUUCCUGUUCCCUCCCAAACAGUCCUCCCUGUUCCCUCCCAAACAGUCCUUCCUGUUCCCUCCCAAACAGUGCUCCCUGUUUCUUCAGAAACAGUAGUGCCUGUGACCUCGUCCCGGUUGCCCCUGAAUGCCACAGCAGCCUGCUCUGAUAGGAGUGUGUCCUCAACUCAUAACCUCAGUUUAGCACCGCCUGCUUCCUCCACAAUAAGCCUACUUCCUUCUUUCCCUAAAGAGCAUGACUACACCUUUAUUAAUCCUGGGCCUACCCCGAGUCAACGUGGCUCAAAGUCCAUUCAACCGAGCGCUGACCCCGGCUCCAACAAGCCUCCCCCGAGGGUGGAGGAGCAGCCGCGCGUGACAAGCAGUCAAGAAGACCAAUGUGAGAGCGAGACAGCUGCAGGCGGGAGCCAGAAAGGAAAGAGAACCCGGAAACCGACUCAGAGGGUCAAAGAGCUUCAGGAAGCCACUCAGGCGAAGGUUGAAGCCAAGAAGAAGAAAGUUUCUGCGCCUCCUCGGGAGAAGCGCCCUUGUAAGUCUCGCGCUAAAAAGAAAGUUACGGUGAAGACCGAGCCGGCGAUUCAACCCCGCGGCUUCCGCUUGCUUCCCAACCAGUCGAUGUGGGUCAUGACCCCCGGGGGUCUGGUCCAGCUGACCGAAGGCCCUCAGCCAGGCCUGCAGCUGGCGUUGCUACCAAACGCUCCACACGGGAACGUUUUGACCCAUCCGGUCUCGCCCGCCACGCGAUUCGCCGCCGGCAGCCCGCAGUGUACCGCACCCCAACCCACCACUGCUGUGUCUGUCCCCUUAAACCGCCCCUUUAUGAAUCAGCCACAGCUCCUUCCUGCCCCGCCCACCUCUGCCUUCAGGCCCCACCCACCGGCCUUCAUCCUGCACCCGGUCUCAAACCCCCGUCCCUCCCUGCCUCCCCCUAAACUCUUCCUGCCUUAUAAAGGCACAGUUGCAGUGGACCCGAGGGCGCCCCCUCCCCUCCGGCGGGAGGCGCUGCAGUUCGACCCCUCCCUGAUGUUCCUGGAGCCCAAGGAGGCGGUGCAGGGUUGGCUGAGUGGUCAGGGAGGCGUGGUGGUUCCUGGACUGAGCGUGGCUCUUCCCUACCUGCCGCCCUUCGUCAGCAGUCUGAGCACGCUCAGCGCGCUGCUCCGGGCCAAGAAGUCUCUGACCAAAUCCUUCCUGAAGCUGCUGAGUCAGCGCUCCCAACCCCGGCGCCCAAACAGACCCGGCAGCUGCACCCAGAGGACAUCCAGGCCGUCUCCAGACGUGCCGGACUCCACGUCUGACCUCCGACCAGCCGAGGACUCUCCAGCGGGGUCCGUUAGCUCCGCCCCCCCGCAGGAUGACGUGGACCCGGCGGAGGUGGUGGCGGUGGCGCGGCGGCUGGUGGCGGAGCGGUUCUCCAGUAACCCCGCCUACCAGCUGCUGAAGGCCCGCUUCCUGUCCUGCUUCACUGUCCCCGCCCUCCUGGCCGCCCUGCAGCCAAUCGGAGAGAAGACAGCCGGCGAGGACGAGGAAGAGGAGGACGAGGUGGACGUGAAGGCGCUCAAAGAGAGAGGAAGACGCCGGAGAGCAGAGAGAUCUUUGCUGCUGUGUGACGGGUCCGGAGCCUCAGCCAAUCACUUCUCAGGAAUCAACAACCGCACACCGGACCAGAAGGUCUCCGUCCAAUGAGAGCUCAGAUCUCAACCUCGUUACACAUGUUGGAGGAGUUCAAACAACCGACCGUUGGUCUUACAGAAAUGUUUUGGUCUCAGAUCUCAUUCCCCCUGCUCUGGUGUUCCCCCUCUC